GAGAGAUACAAGUGAAUUAAAAAUCUGAUUUAUCCUCUCCUCUAAAAAAAUUAAAUCAAAACCUAAUCCUAAUUUUAACCCUCUCCUCCAUUUUUAUUCUCCUUCAUCUUUUCAAAAACUCUCAAAAAUCAAAAUGAAAAACUUUUUAUUCUCCAUUUAUUCUCUAGAUGGCAGCAAGACCAAGAGUGACAAGAUCCGGCCGAUUGAACCCUGAUUUUGAAACAGGGCAAGUUAUUGAUGUUCCUUUUAAUGGAGAUAUGGUGAACCAAUCUCUCCAAACACUAAAUCCCUAUGUGGUGAACCAAUUUGUUCAAACACCUGCAAAUCCUCCAUAAAUGACUCCUACAAGGAACCCUGACAAGGAAAAAGAAUCCCAAGAACUUCCAAUGUGUGACAUUGCUACGAUGAUGGUUAAGCGAGCUAAGUGGAUAGCUAGGGGACUGCAACGUAACAUUGAGGAGGUCUUAUAUUUGGAUUGUGACCAACAAAAAACACUGCUUCUCGGGCUUCAGAAGUUACAUAAUCAAAUGAGGGAUGAUCUAUAUACUGACGACGAGGAUGAUUGGAUUAGUCUUUCCCAAACUCCCGACAGUUCUUCAUCAUCUUCUGAGGAUGUUCCUUCGGUUGUUGGUCGUAGUGGAUGAUUGUAGGUUAUGUACUUGUUUAAGUCAUCCCAGCUUAUGUUUAUGCAGACUUUCAGCAUGUUUUAGGUUACGGAUUUGGGUGAUUACUUUUUGGACUUUCUUUUCAUUAUGCAUACUUAACCUUGAAUGAAAUGGAUACUAGUGUUU